UAAUCAUCAACUUGCAUGUGAAGCUAACUUGUUUGAAUAUUAAAUUGUAGCAUAUGAUAAACUUAAAAUGGUAAGGUAAUGUAAGGCAACAUCCAUGAGUGUAUAUAUAUAUAUAUGGGCUUUGUCUUUCUAUUUUAUUUACUCUUUCUUCAUUUCGUUUUCAGUUAUUAAUUGAAUUUUGUCUGAUGUAGACCACCCCAUAUGUUAUUGUUAGAAAAAGGAUAGUACAUCCUUCAAUCAAUACUGUUUCUAUUUAUAUAUAUCCACAGUAUUUAUUUCUUAUAUGCAUGAAGCUAGAGUUGUUCCAUUUUCGAUUUCAUUAAAUCUUUACAUAGUCCUUUCCUCUGUUCUUUUAAGUUUUCUGUACUCUACUUCAAUAUCAAGAAGAUCGAUAUGGAAACUUCGUCACAGUCACUCUCUAUCGAGAGUUUUUCGUAUAGUUGGUUAGUAGAUUUGGGGGAUUCUUUUAGAGCUUCUAUGGAUGCAUCUGCAGAUGAUUAUGAAACUGCAUUUAUUGAAAUGGAUCCUACACUUCCUCCUUCAAAGAGGUUUUUUAAUGUGAAUCCACAAGAUUUGAAUUUCGAUUUUCCUACAUCUGAACCUUUAACUCUUGUUCAUGCUGAUGAACUCAUCUCAAACGGCUUCUUGAUGCCUUUAUUCAUCAAGAAGCCGAUUAAGAUGGAGUUGGAGUUUAACAACUCAGACUCCAUCAUGGAUUCACCGGCAUCUUCACUCGUGCAGAAUGAGUCGCGGUCGUCCUCCUGUAGGAGGGUGAAUCGUUGUGUAUCGUUGAGGAGAUGCCGGAGUUUGUCGAGGCGGAUUUUGGUGAAAUAUUUGGAUUUUCUUAGGCCAUUUUGUCAGAAAAUAAGGAGAUGUAGUAGAAUUGGUAGGUGCAGAACAAGUAGUGGAAAGGAAGUGAUGAAGAAGUGGGAAUACCGUUCAGCAGCAACAUCUCCAAGGACAAGUGUAGCUUAUUCUGUUGAUAAUUGGCGCAGGUCUUGUGAUUCUGAAAGCUCCAUUUAUGAAGCUGUUCUACAUUGCAAAAGAACCAUUAAUGGUAAAUAGCAAAAAAUGAGAAGCAAGUAAUGUGAGGGAGGUAAAGAACAAAGAAAGAAGAUGAGAGGUGUGAAGAAGCUCACAUGUCACUGAGUACAUUUGUCACCUUCUAUACUGCUGUUUCUCUCUUCUUCAAGAAUGGGAUUGUGAAUUUUUUGUCUUCUUGAAGGAAGUGGAAAAAGCUGUAUCAAGAGAAGUGUCAGCCAUGAGAAAAAAGAAAUUCUUGGAAUUUUUGAAGAUGACCACAUAUCUUCAUGAUGACUCUUUUUUUUUUUUUUUUGUCUUUUUUUUUCUCUCUCCUCUCUUUAGAGGAAGAACACAAAUUCCAACUCGGAAAUUGUAUUGCUUUGUGAUUUGUAUAAAGUUUUAUGGUAAUAAUAUUCCAGAAUUUAUA